AUUCCUCAUAAUAUAUCAUGACAUCAGUCAGUCGAAUCAUUGUCAAUUGACAUUUCUGAGUGCACAAUUCCACCCAAAAAUCUGUUGUUUAAUUGAAAGUUGCUGUAACCGUAGGCAAUCUGUUACAUGUAUGGUGAAUUGAACCAUUGUCAAUAGUAUUGGAUUGUAUUUGUAGUUUAGAACGGGAUUGUUUGAUGAUCAGAAUGUUCUUGAAUCUUCACCCUUAUCCAUGAGGCAUGACCAGGCAUGACUGAGGGUAACUUGCUAUUUAUCACACGAUGCCCACGUACACAAUCGUUGACUCAAUGUGUGAUUACUCAGCGAGUCAGCAUGUUACACAAUAAAAUAGUCUCUUAACAUGCAAUGAAUUAUGAAUAACACAUUACUUUUUGAUAGUCCUUAGAUGUGUCAUCACAUUUUUAUAAGGUACUUUUCCACUUUUUUUUCAGUUUGUCGAUAGUUGAUACCGAUAUGUGGUAGAAAUGUAGAUUGGUUAGUUAAAACUUUAUCAGCAGUGGAGUAUUCUGUACCUGAUUUGAUCAGUGAUAUUUUAUUUAGCUUUGUUCAGAAACCAGUUGAAAGUUGGGCAGACCCUCAACAAAAUUGAGUAAAAAGUUCCAGUUGUAAGAGGAUAUCAAGAGAUCUAACGAACAGGACUGUUUUGACGAUGGCCACCGCAACUAAUAACUCUGAGAUGGAGACUGAUGAAAUAGAAGAAGAGAAAACCAACUCAUCCAAGGCUUGUCUUAUGCUUGAGAUUGCCACACUCCUCUCCAUGGCAAGCAUAGACCCCAUCCAACUUGGCCAUUUCGUCGGUUUGGCCGAGAGCAAGGUUGCUGAAAUCGAUGACCUCCUGGAAGACCCUAAAAGCAAAAUCAUCCAUAUCUUGGAGAAGUUCCGUGAUUGUCAUGGCGAUGCUUGGCUAACAGAUCUGAAGGAAGUUGUCAGGGAAAAGCUUGAGAGUCCUAGCUUGACAGAAAAACUAGGAAAAGUGACCAGUUCACAUAGCAUGAAAACCAGCGGAUACCCUACUCUGAAUAAGGAGAGUCUUGCAGAAGAUAAUUCUUCAAAACUUGGAUCGGACCAAGCCCGCGAGGGCAGCAGUCGCAAUAGCUCUGCCUCUGGAUGGGACAUGGGGUCUGGAAGUAGGCAAAGUCAUGGUAACGGGGACACGUCGUCGGAAAGCUUCGAGCGAUUGUCAGAAGAGAACGUGUUUCAGUCAAGAGAAGGCGACCACCCCGCUAGUGAGGAGAUUCCUCACCAAUCGCUUGAUCACCCGGAGAUGUCUCUGCAAAUUACCAAGGUUGGCAAAGCACUUCAGAUUGUGUCUGAUCUCCUUGGUAAUGUUGAAGGGAUCAGUCAGCUGUCUGAGGUCAUUCCGCAGAUCCUACGUCUUGUGCGACAGAUGAAGUCACAAAAGAUGCUGAGACAUGUUUUUGAAGAAGAGAAUUCCAAUCUGAAACAAGACUUGCAGGGAGCAAAUGAAAUCAUCAGAGAACUCAGGGAGAAAAUUGAGAAGCUUGAAAUGGAAAUACAGGAUCUCGAGAAAGCCUCGGGAGAUAAAUCGCUCCAGGACUUUGAUGUCGUGACAAGGAGAGAGGCGACAGAUAUGAAAGAGGAGGAAAAACAGCAUGAACAGAAGACUACAUCGGCUCAGACUCCCUCCCCGGCACCAUCAAGCGAGGGCGUAUCUGUGGAAGCAUAUGAAACUCUCCAGAAGAAGAUAAUAACACUGAAACAGAAGUUGGCUCAAGUUGUAAAACUGAACCACUCUUGGGAUGAGCAGUAUCAUCGCAUGGAGGCAGCUCUCAAGCAAGAACUGGAGAAGACCAAACUGAUGAAUCAAGAAAUAAAGCAAGAUGCGGAGAGAAAAGAGAAAGAACGGGAUGAGAUUUUGGUCGCAGCUAAGCAUAGGAUCGAAGAACUGGAGGCGUCGACAGCUGAUCUUCAGAAGAAUUACGACCAAACCAAACAACAGCUUGGGAAGGUAAACCGUUAUGCCGUCUCCCUGCAGGGUCACAAACAGGAACUGGAAACAGAGGUCAAGAGAUUGAACGAGGCUCUUGAGCAGAAACUGCAGGUCUCCGAGAAGAAGAAACCGGUUGCCGCCGUUGCUCCUCCAUCUCGUAACGACAAGAGCAAACCCAAGAAAGAUGAGUGCGUCCUUCACAGCCACGAAGAGAGAUCCAUCCUUGCCAGCAUGACACAGGGUGAACUGAUUGAAGAGCUUGGUCUGCUCAAGCAACAGGUUGACGUGUACAAAAGCGACUUCUACAAAGAGCAACGGGACCGCCAGCGUGUCAACGGGGAAAUGGAGGAGGUCAAGACGGAACUUCACAGGGCAAAGAAGAAGAUGGACAAACAGAAACAUGAACUUCAGAUAUUGAAGGACCAGGCUUUGGCUUUCCAGUUCCAUGCUGACGAGCGCAAGCAACGCCCCGCUGCUGCUGCAGCUCCUCGUCGAGAAAGGCCACGGUCUUCGCCCCAGGAUAGAGUCUUUGAACUCUUAGAGAAUCCCCGAUCCCCAACUUACCAUCGACAGGUUCGACAGAGGAAAGAGAAAGAGCUGGUCCCUCACGGUGUCAACUAUGCUUUGAAUGGGGAGUAUUGUGACGCUCAGGAAGAUUUCCAGAUCUGCUAUCCUCCAGAACUCUCUGACGAUCAUAGCUCUCAUGGGAGUGAUCACGAUCCAUUCUCCUUCACCCAGAAGUAAUCCUGAGAUAAACUCUACCAUACGAAUCUGAAAAUUUCUAGUAAUUUUGUACAUUGAAGUUGAUGGAGUGCAGCAGCGUUGGAGAACAAUCACUUUUAAUCGGUAAUCCAUAGCAGAAAAUUUGAAUUAAUCAGCUUUCACCUCUGAAAUUCACAAUGAAAACACUCUAUACUUCACGAUACAUAGUGAAAAAAUAAGAAUU